GACGGAAAGAAGGGCCACCUCCAGCGGCUGGCGCUGUGGGAUGGAGGAGUAUAGGAGCCGCUCCGGAUCUAGCGCACAGGGCUGUGGCGGCGGCAGGAUUCCGCGGAGCCAUGUUGUCAGGAGCGCUGGUGGUGUCAGCUCCAGGGAAAGUCAUCCUCCAUGGGGAACAUGCUGUGGUCCAUGGCAAGGUAGCGCUGGCAGUGGCUUUGAACUUGAGAACAUUCCUCAGGCUUCAACCCCACAGCAAUGGGAAAGUGACCCUGAACUUGCCAAACAUUGGUACCAAGCUGACCUGGGAUGUGGCCAACCUCCAGCUGCUGGACACAAACUUUCUAGAACAAGGUGAUGUCCCAGCGCCCACCCCAGAGCAGCUGGAGAAGCUGAAGGAAGUGGACGGGAUGCCCAGGAACUGUGCCGGGCCUGAGCACCUGGCUGUGCUGGCCUUCCUGUACUUAUACCUGGGCAUCUGCCGGAAGCAGAGGGCCCUGCUGAGCCUGGACAUUACCGUGUGGUCGGAACUGCCCCCUGGGGCGGGCUUGGGCUCCAGCGCCGCCUACUGCGUAUGCCUGGCAGCCGCUCUCCUGACAGCGUGUGAGGACAUCUCUAAUCCACUGAAGGACGGGGACAGCACCAGCAGGUGGCCUGAGGAGGAUUUGGAGUUAAUUAACCAGUGGGCCCUCCGUGGGGAGAGGGUGAUCCACGGGAACCCCUCUGGUGUGGACAAUGCCAUCAGCACCUGGGGAGGAGCCCUCCGAUACCAGCAGGGGAAGAUUUCAUGCCUAAACAGGCCCCCGGCUCUCCAGAUCCUGCUGACCAACACCAAGAUCCCCCGAAGCACCAAGGCCCUUGUGGCUGGCGUCAGGAACAGGCUGAUCAAGUUCCCAGAGAUAGUGGCCCCACUCCUGACCUCAAUAGAUGCCAUAUCCCGGGAAUGUGAGCGCGUGCUGGCAGAGAUGGCAACAGCCCCGGCCCUGGAGCAGUACCUCGUGUUGGAGGAGCUCAUCGACAUGAACCAGCACCACCUGAACGCCCUUGGCGUGGGCCACACCUGUCUGGACCAGCUCUGCCAGGUGACUGCGGCCCUUGGACUGCACAGCAAGCUCACUGGUGCGGGUGGCGGUGGCUGUGGCAUCACACUCCUGAGGCCAGAUCUGGAGCGGGCUGAAGUGGAGGCUGCGAAACAGGCGCUGACCAGCUGCAGGUUCGACUGCUGGGAGACCAGCAUCGGGGCCCCUGGUGUUUCCGUGCACUUGGCCUCCUCCCUGCCCGGCCCUGUCUGCCAGGCCCUGGGUGGCCUCUGAGUCGAACACAGAUGCUGCCGCCCCACAGAUUCUCCUGGAUGUGGAGUUUGCCUCCACAUGGACCAGCACCACCCGGCUCCUGACACUGGCACAGAGGCCUCCAAGCCCCUCUUUACACCCUUCCUCCUAUCUGUGCCCGAGUCCCAGUGGCAGAACUUCCAGGGGGUCCCCUGAGACUGCAGAGCCAGGCUGGGCGGGGCUUCCUUGACAGCCCCGGGGGCUGUCCUGGCUCCAUCUGUCUGUGUCCUGCCUGCGCCUCAGUCUCUCCAGCCUGGCUAUGGGCAUGUGCAUCUGGCCCCAGCACAGUGUGCCUUCUCUCCCUCUGCCUCCCGCUUCACCAGCCUCGGGGCCUAGCCCAUCUUGCCUCCUCCAGGAAGCCUUCCUGACCCAGCGGGCUGGCCCUCGGCCCUUGUCCUACCCCUGGUGUGUCGGCCAUUGAGCACUUUUGUGGCCUGACCUCCCACCUGCCUCCACCCACCCCAGGGCCAUGGCCUUUGCCUUCCGCUGUCCUCAGCUGAGGCAGGCAGAAUGAAGGCUGCAGGGAUGUGGGCUGACUCUCCCUGAGCCAGAGUAGUUGGCAGCAAAGGUGACUGAUGGGAAUAAAAAGAACUUGCAUAAACAAAGCUUCGCCCCUGUCGGGAAAGCCCAGGGUUGGAGGACUUAGGCCCCUGUGCCUUCUGGCUCCUUCUGCAGGUGGGAGCCUUAAGGAGGAAUGGAAGUGAGGGCUGGGUCACUGGUGUGCAUCUUGGCGAUGGGCUGGGUUUUCCCACAUGGGCCAUGCUGAUAGGUGUGGAGACCCUGCAGCCGGGCCGUGAUUGUCAUGCCUGGCACACUAGGCUGCUUUCCCAGAUGGGACUGGUUAGCCCCCAGCUCUCAUGUCACAAGCACCACCG